AUUCAUCCAACACUAAACUCAUAUAGACAUUGAGGAUUUGAUUUGAUUCUUAAGAUGAGAACUGCUCUUGCUUUAUUGCCUCUCAUGCUUUUCUUGUUUGUAGCUAUUGUGGAAUCAAGAAAUGAUCUGCGAGAAUAUUGGAAACUAGUCAUGAAAAACCAAGACAUGCCUGAAGAAAUUCAGGGACUCCUUAAUGCCAACAUUAAAAGUAAUCUCAAUACCCAAGAGAAGGCGUUUAAAGAGGAUCUUGAAUCAAGACCCAAUAUUUCAGCAUACGAAAAUGAUGGCACUAACACCAAAGAAAAUAGUAAAGAUGUUAAAGAUUUUGAACCAAGACCCAACAUUUCAGCUUAUGGAGACAAUGACAUUGAAAAUAAGGAAAAGAAAGGUACCGUUAAAGAUUUUGAGCCACGACCCAACAUUUCAGCAUAUGGAGACAAUGCCAUAGAUGUUAAGGAAAAGAAGAAAGUCGUCAAAGAUUUCGAACCAAGACCUAAUAUUUCAGCUUACGAAGACAAUGUCGUUGAUGUUAAAAAAAAGAAGGGAGUCACUAAAGAUUUUGAACCAAGACCCAAUAUUUCAGCUUACGGAGAAAAUGACAGUGAUGUCAAACAAAAGAAGCAAACCAUUAAUGAUUUCGAACCAAGACCCAACAUUUCAGCUUAUGGAGAAAAUGAUAUCGAUGUUAAUGAAAAGAAGGCAGCCGCUAAGGAUUUUGAACCAAGACCCAAUAUUUCGGCUUAUGGAGACGAUGUCAUAGAUGUUAAGGAAAAGAAGAAAGCCGUCAAAGAUUUCGAACCAAGACCUAGUAUUUCAGCUUGCGGAGACAAUGUCAUUGAUGUUAAGAAAAAGAAGGGAGUCACUGAAGAUUUUGAACCAAGACCCAAUAUUUCAACUUAUGGAGAAAAUGACAUUGAUGUCAAAGAAAAGAAGCAAGCCACUAAUGGUUUCAAACCAAGACCAAACAUUUCAGCUUAUGGAAAGAAUGACAUCGAUGUUCAUGAAAAGAAGGCAGCCGGUAAGGAUUUUGAACCACGACCCAACAUUUCGGCUUAUGGAGACAAUGCCAUUGAUGCUAAGGAAAAGAGGGGAGCCACUAAUGAUUUUGAACCAAGACCAAACAUUUCAGCUUAUGGAGACAAUGACAUUGAUGUUAAUAAAAAGGAGGGAGCCAUCAAAGAUUUCGAACCAAGACCCAACAUUUCAGCUUAUGGAGAAAAUGACAUCAAUGAUAAUGAAACAAAGAAACCAGUCGAAGAUUUCGAACCAAGACCCAACAUUUCAGCUUACGGAGACAAUGACAUUGAUGACAGAAAAAAGAAUAAUGUCAUUUCAGAUUUUGAACCAAGACCAAACAUUUCAGCUUAUGGCAACAAUGAUAUUGACACCAAGGAAAAGGAGAAAGCUGCCAAAGAUUUUGAACCAAGGCCAAAUAUUUCAGCUUAUGGCAACAAUGAUAUUGACACCAAGGAAAAGGAGAAAGCUGCCAAAGAUUUUGAACCAAGGCCAAAUAUUUCAGCUUACGGAGAAAAAUGAGGAUUUACAAAGGAUUUUGAACUUGGGCCUAAAUGUCACUAAAUAUUAUCCAUAAAUGUAAUAAUGAAUAGAAUGCAACUUCAUUAUAUGAUGUAGCAUAUUAAAAUAAGUUGUUGCCACUUCAUGUUCAAUGAUCACUUAGUAUGUAUGAUGUAUUAAGCUUUUUGAAUAAUUGUGAUAUUGUCAAGAGAUUACUAAUGGAGGUUCCCAUUGUUUACUAA